CUAUUACCGACGUCUUCUCGUUGGCCAAAGCGUGUGUAACGGUCCGCCUCUCUGGCCAUCACGACAUCCAAAUGCAAGCCAUUAAACGGAUCCCAAUUGUGGGCGCCGUUCAGCACGAGUGGGACGUUCUAUCGCACCGAACGGAACAGCGCUUCGCAGCCAAUGAGCGGCUCGUCUUCAGAAUGGAGGACACCUUCGAUGGCAACUCUUUUCUGGACUCUUCAGCCGAACAGCGGCUCUCCAAUGGACUCAAACGCAAAGAAAUACAGGAAUUGGUGACAAUUGGCGACAGAAAUGAUGACAAUAUAAAGGCGUUUGUCUUGGAAUUGGAAACCAUUUACGAAAUUCUGGAUUCGUUAAAGACAUCAAACAAAUUGUCUGCAAUUCGAGGCCUUUUCUCGUUCGACAUCUCGUCCUUCGACGCCAUCUUAAGUGACCAGAAAUACGAAGAA